AUGGUGGAGGCACAUCUUGAUAUUUGUCUUGAACGUGUUGAGCAUGGGGCUUGGUUGCCCGAGCUUCUCCAGGCACUCCGCGAAACAAAAUUCUUGGCAUUGAAAUAUGAAACAACACAGUUAUCUUCUACACAGUGCUUAUUUAGUGCUCCAGCUUUUGAGUUUCCAGAAUUUCACCGUUUGCUCAAUCUAGAGCUUCAUGUUCCAUGUUUGAACAGAAACUUCCUUCAUAAUUGUCGUGUACUUGAAGGUCUUGUAAUUUGUAUUUGGAAGCGAGCAUAUGCUCACCCGGUGAAAUAUAAUGGGCCAAGACCACCAACCAUGGUUCCUAAUUGUUUGACAUCACAUCUCAGGAGUUUUGAGUUUAGAAGAUAUCAAGACUCUACAGAUGAGCGUGAAUUUAUUGUAUGUCUUUUACAAAGAGGACUUGUUUUGAAGACAGUCAUAAUUCAUCUUAAAUCUGAUUUCGACCUAGAGACUAAGUACAAUAUUGUCAAGGAAUUAUCUGCUAUUCCGAGGGGUUCUACAAUAUGUCAGCUUAAUUUCAUUGACCACAAUCAUGGUUGAUGGCAAAUCUACGGUUCAAUGUUUCUAUAUGCAUGGUUAAUUAGGGCUAAAUUCCGUGGUUUUGUAGAAAAGUGAUUUUUCUAAAAAUGAAUUGAUGAUUUGUAUAUCACAAACAGCAAUUUUCAGAUUUUUUUUGUCUUAACUCUUAACUGUUGGUGAUUAUCAAUGCUUUGAUACCAAUCAAAGAUAGUGUUAGACUCUGA